CGUCAAGACUGUGGUUUCGGCUGCCUGGACCCUAGACACCCACUCCGGCAAAGAGCCACAUGGAUCCGGGAACACAAUCGACGAGUCUCCCGUCUUGCGGGCUGGGUUCUCCAAAUUCCGAACACUGGAACGAUCGACCCUCUGAUCCAGCCACCAUGGCUCAAAAGUGAGACACGGUAUAAUAGUGUAAGGCGAGUUAUGCACCCUCGCAUUAAUCUCCUUUCUGGCACCCCUUUCAGAUAUCUAGCAGUCUAUACAGAUGGCGCUCGAUCUGAGAUAGCAGAAUCGCCCAGGACAGGCGGUGGAAUCGUUAUCUUUCAAGCUGGCCAGAUGGUUUACCGCGAGAGUCUGUCCCUUGAUUCGACGCUGUCUCCUUUCGACACAGAAGUGACCGCCGUGAAAGAAGCCCUCAAAGCUGCGCUUUCCCUACCAACAGCACGUUUCUCAGAAAAUAUUUAG